GCCUUCGGUAUACAUAACAACUGACAGAUCUACGCUUUCCAAAUCUCAAGCAAACAACACUCUUCCUUUCCAGUUGAGUGUGUUUGCAAAAAAUGAGGCCAUGCAUUCUUCUCUUUUCUUCUCUCAUUCUUCUUCUUCUAUCCUGUUCUGUAAACUCUGAAGACCCCUACAGGUUCUUCACUUGGAAGGUCACCUAUGGUGACAUCUACCCCCUUGGUGUUAAACAACAGGGGAUCUUGAUUAACGGCCAGUUCCCGGGUCCUCAUAUUGACGCCGUUACUAAUGACAACUUGGUUAUCAGUGUCUAUAACUACCUCAGAGAACCCUUCCUCAUUUCAUGGAAUGGGUUACAACACAGAAGGAAUUCAUGGCAGGAUGGAGUGUCUGGCACAAACUGUCCAAUCCCACCUGGCAGGAACUUCACUUACAAUAUCCAAGUCAAAGAUCAGAUUGGCAGCUUCUUCUACUUCCCUUCUCUUGGAAUGCACAAAGCUGCUGGAGCAUUUGGCGCCAUCAGAAUCUGGAGCCGCCCUAAGAUUCCCGUCCCUUUUCCUCCUCCUGCUGGUGACUUUUACAUUCUUGCUGGAGACUGGUUCAAGCUAGAUCACCAUAGACUGAGACGCCUCCUGGAGAAUGGGCAUAACCUUCCAUUCCCUGAUGGGCUUCUCAUCAACGGACGCGGUUGGAAUGGAAACACAUUCACAGUAGAUCAAGGUAAGACUUACAGAUUCAGAAUAUCAAACGUGGGGCUCACAACAUCCAUCAACUUCAGAAUCCAAGGCCACAAGAUGAAACUUGUGGAGGUCGAAGGAUCUCAUACUCUCCAGAACACCUACUCCUCCCUUGACAUCCAUCUUGGACAGUCCUAUUCCGUGCUCGUCACUGCCGAUCAGCUUCCCAAGGAUUACUACAUUGCUGUAUCUACGCGUUUUACCAGACGGGUCCUCACAACUACGUCUGUUCUUCACUAUAGCAAUUCUCACACCGGGGUAUCGGGUCCUGUUCCUGGAGGCCCUACCACUGAUAUCGUUUCAUCUGUUUUUCAGGCCAGAAGCAUCCGGUGGAACCUGACAGCAAGUGGACCAAGACCAAAUCCUCAAGGAUCUUACCACUAUGGAAUGAUCAUACCCACUCGAACCAUCAUGCUCGCAAACUCUGCUCCCUAUAUCAAUGGCAAGCAGAGGUUUGCUGUAAACAGUGUGUCUUAUGUUCAGCCGGAUACACCAUUGAAACUCGCGGACUACUUCAACAUUGGUGGAGUCUACUGGGUGGGAAGCAUGCCCACCAACCCCACCGGGGGAAACGGUUAUCUCCAAACUGCAGUGAUGGGGGCAAACUUCCAUGAAUUUGUGGAGAUUGUGUUCCAAAACUGGGAGGAUACUGUGCAGUCAUGGCAUAUUGAUGGCUAUUCGUUCUUUGUUGUAGGGUUUGGGAGUGGGCAGUGGACGGUUAAUAGUAGAGGAAGCUACAAUUUGAGAGACACAGUAGCAAGAUGCACAACACAGGUAUAUCCAAGGUCAUGGACUGCAAUAUACAUGCCACUGGACAACGUGGGAAUGUGGAACAUAAGGUCUGAGAACUGGGCAAGGCAAUACUUGGGACAACAAUUUUAUCUCAGAGUAUACACACCUUCAGGAUCAUGGAGGGACGAAUAUCCGGUGCCAAAGAAUGCACUUCUCUGUGGCAGGGCAACUGGUCGUCGCACUAGGCCUUUCUGAUUUCAUUCUAGCUACUUACAUUUCUAUCGUGUCACGACAGGGUGACACCAUUCAUGUCCAUUUAAUUCUAUUAAUUUAUGCUUACCAUAUUUGCGGGGAUUUUAGUUUUACUAUCGACAACUCAUCUUCAGCUGCUCAUUUUUUUAACGGAUGGUGCACAAUUUGUGAUCUAUGCUUGUAAUGUUGCUUGGCCAACAAAAUUCAACCACAAUCGAAUAAUUCUCCUUUUUUUUAAAUAAUAUUUGCAGUUUGCUGCCAAA